AUGACGGUCGUGGAGUCAGUCAAAAGCCUUGCGGGCCUGUCCGACAGCGCCUCGCACAAGGAAAUGUCGGAUGCCCGUCUUCCACUCGCAUACAGAGACUCAUGCGCUCACCUCCUCAUUCCCUUGAACCGAUGCCGUCGAGACGAGUACUAUCUUCCCUGGAAGUGCGAGACUGAACGCCAUACAUACGAAAAAUGCCAAUACGAUGAAUUCAAGAAGCGAGUGGCUAAGAUGGAUGAAUUACGGGCGGCCAAGGGAGGAGAACGAAGCAACUAG